AAGAAUCUACUGCUCAUCGGGAUAAAUUAAAAAAUAAAGAACAAUCCUUAGCCGCUAAAAAAUUAAUUGGUGCGGUUAAUUUAGCCAUAAAAGGUUAUAACAACAGCAUUGGAUCAGUAGCCAAAUUGUGUGGUGCUGAUAUCAAGAUUAAAGAAAUGGAUGUUAAUGCAACAUUGGAAGAAAUUAUGUCCGGUGGAGGACAUUCUUUUGCUCUUGGUAUUUUAGAUGAUGUAGUUAAAGGAGUUCGGAGGAUUGGUAUUCCAUUAGUGCAAGCAAUUCCUUUUGUUGGAAAAGGUGCUGCCAUUCCUCUAACAAUUGGACUUGGUACAAUAGAACUUGCUAUUGACCACUUAAAAGACCUAAUGCAAAGUUCAGCCAUGAGUGGUCUCGCUGCUGAAAUAGGAGACUUAAAAGACGGUCAAAGCAAACUUAAUGCUAAGGUCGAUGCCCAAGGCAAGUUAAUGAACAAGAGAAUGGGAGACCUCAAAGCCGACUUACAAGGAGAAUUAAAACAACAAGGAGAAAAAUUUGAAAAAGAAAUCAAGGAUUUAGAUAAAAAAAUAGAAGCAGCCACCGGAGAAAACAAACGAGCCAUUGAAGAAGAAAAAAAACAAAGACAAGCCCAAUAUCAAGAACUAAAAAGUUCAAUUCAGGAAGUAACCGACAAUCUCAACCGAGUAGAAAACCAACUAACCAAUGCCCUUAACGAUUUCAAGUCUGAGGUCAACGAACGUUUCGAACAACAAGAACGGAAAAUCUUAGAAAAUAAACGAAGAAUUGAGGAAGAAAAACGAGCCCGAGAAGCCGAAGUUAAAGAAAUCAAAGAUAAAAUCAAAAUUAACCAAACUAACUUGGAAAAUUUACGAGAGGAAAAAGAUGAAUUAUCAGACAACUUCGACAAAUAUAAGUCCCAAAUCGACCAAAAAACUGCCGAAACCCAACAAACUUUAGAAGAUGCCCAGGCUGAAUAUGAACGGAAAACCAAAAUAAUUGAAACCCAAAUCGAAGAUAACCAAGAAACGAUUGAGGAAUUCAAUGAACAGUUAAACAAUGUUCAACGAGAGCAAGCCCUCCAAAGAGUCCAACAAGAAGAAAUCAUCGAAAACUUACAAGAAACCAAUGACCUCUUAUUUGCUCAACAACGGCAAAUGAACUUGAUAACCGAGCAAAUGGAUGAUAUUCAAGAAGAAGUCCACGAGCGAAUGAAUAAACUAUCUCAAAAGUUAGAUGACCGCAUUAAUGAAACUAUCAAUCUUGCCCAAGAUACUAACCAAAGAAUUGAUAAACUAACCGAAGAUGUAAAAAACAUUAAAGAAACCACCGAACAACUUCAGGAACAAAUCAAAAAAAACAAGGAAGAAACCGAAAAAGUCAAAAAAGAGGCUAAAAUGGCUAAUGAAAGACUGGAUAAUCUCUUAAAACUUCAAGCCCUUGCUGAUUACUCAUCUGAAACCAGCAAAUUAGACAAAAUCAAAAAGUCUCUCGAACUAAAAGCCGAAGAAACUAAAUUAAUCGCUACUUUAAAUCUUUUAAAAGAAACUAAAAAACUAAUUCCUCCGCAACCUGCCGAAAGAGAAUGA